AUGUCUCGCUACGAACACGACACUUUGUUGAAUAUCAACAACUCCUCCUCGACAACUCCAAGUGGCAAUGUUGGCAAAGCUGCUCUCACAGGGACUGGAAUUUCUCUCUUUGUCAUCAUUACAGCAACUCUUGCUGCUGCCAUUGCUGCUGCAGUGUUGAGUGGUUUGAUCUAUCAAUCCGUGUUGUUCUUUACCACUCAUUCCUUUGAUGUGUUGAAUGAGAUUGAAAAGUCAACCAAGGUUGUUAAUGGCACCAGUUUCAUGUUGAUGGGUGUGAAAUUAUUUCAGAAACAAAGACAAGGUGACCAAGUCACUGCAAAGUUUUUGUUGACUUAUAUUCGUUCGACACCAAACACUCCACCUGUUGUGGACCCACCACAUUAUUGGCGUGGAAAUGCAGCACAAAAUUACAAUGCCAACCAAUUCACCAUUGCUUUGGCCAACUCAGGACUCAAAUCCUCUCCACAAAGUUUAUUUGUCUUGUACAUGAACUCUGCUCAAAAAUGUUGCUUCUCUGUCGUGUCCUAUGACAAUUCCACUGACAGGUUGUCAAUCUUGAAUGCAUUCACGGAAGGCCCUUCUGGAGUGGAUUGUAAGGUUGGUUUAACAAGUUUCACCUAUGAUGCAUCGACUGUAUUGCUCUUUGAAUUGAAUUCUUUGGCAGCUUUGAAGAUUGAUUCCAAAACUGGAGAGUUGAGUGUGAAAACCAAAUCCACACAAAAUCUCAUCUAUCGAGAUAUUUUGUCCAGUGCCAAUCCAGGAGCUGUUUUUGUUGGAAAUGAUCUUGACAAUGACGAGGAAAGAUCCACUCAAUUCUUUGCUCUCUAUACCAAUAAGGACUCUGGUUACGCUUCUCUUUCAAAAAUUUCAUGGAAUGGAAAUGAUUUUGACACUUUUCGACUCAUCCCAUUAAGGAAGGUCAUGAAAAAUCCAAGACUUAGUUUUAUCGAGACGAAUAAGGCUCAAAUUUUCUAUGAAGAUUCCACACGAAAUAUGUAUCGUACGGCCAUUCUCACCUUCACCUCUGAAGCUGAAGAUACCUAUACCAUUUCAACUGUUGUAGAAGGUAUUCAUUUUGCACUUGGAACUUUAUCACCAUCUGCAUGGAAUGUCAUUGUUCCUAAUAAUUGUUUAAUGAUGAGUUGCAUUCCACUCUUACAAAGUCCAACAGUUUGA